AUGGAAUGCCUGAUGUUGCCGCGUGAAGAUUUGUAUCCCAGAUUGCGGCAUCGUUUGGAUGCGAUCGAAGAGAAGUAUUGUAAUGGUAAACAGAUUAUACAGUUCAGCGAUUUUCUUGAACACGAAGACAAAGGAAAAGAAGGAAGUUUGACAGAAGAAGUGCUAGUUGUUGAUGUUGUCGUGAUGUCAUUCACAAUCAGUGCUCCGAACGCGCAAAUGACGGCAAAUGCUGUGGAUGAGCACAAUCCGCUGAAACGUCCUCUUGUCAUCGACAACAACUCGGUGAUGCUCAAAUGUGCUGCUGUGCAGGAUCCGCUGAGUGUUGUAGGGGUACCGAAGCGAUCAAUGAACGCAAUUGGUUUCCCUCAUUCGUACACGAUGAACAACAGUGCUGACGGUGUCACUUCAUCAGCAAUGAGCUAUCCGAUCGGUUUACUAUCAAAUUCAUCAAUGAUGUCGCAAGCAUGUGCAGCCUCCUCAAUGACAAACACUGUAUCGACGAACAACGUCCUCAGUCCUCUACCUGCUGUUCCGACAGUCAGUGCGCUCACAGGAUGUGGCAGUAAUGCGACAGGCUUGAGCAUACCGCAUUCAAUGCAGUAUCAGUUCGCUGCUCUCGAAGCUCAAGCGAGAUCCCAUCAACACAGCCAAGCACAAGCGGAAUCCUCAAGCAGUGGUGCCCUACUGCUCAAGCAACUCCAAGCGGCACAUCAGCACUCAAUGGCCCAAGCCCAUGCCCGUGCUCAGAUCGAAGCGCAAACAAGAGCACAACUCCAGGCGCACGCUCGAGCGCAACAACUUCAUGCACAGGCACAGGUGCACGCAAGAAUGCAACAGGCUCAAGUUCAGGCCCAAGCACAAGUCCAGGCCCAAGCCCAAGCCCAGGCUCAGGCCCAAGCCCAAGCUCAGGUUCAAGCCCAAACCCAGGCCCAAGCCCAAGCUCAGGCCCAAAGCCAAGUGCAAGCCCAAGUUCAAGCUCCAUCUGAAGCUGAUUUCGCAAGUAAAUCCUCAACUCAUAUGAAUGGUCAAACGGCAGCCCAAAUACAAGCUCAUGCUCUACAACAAGCCCAACAGCAAGCCUUUAUAAUAGCCCGUGAAGCACAACAACAACAACAGCAGCAGCAAAAACAACAAUCGCAACGGCGAGCCUCAAUCUCGGCAAUGCCAACCUCACUAGCAACUGUCAACGACUACUAUGACCACCAUACACAACGAAGGGAUACGGGCAUAUCGGAUUACUUGCUGAGACUCGCCUCAAUUCAGCAGUCGUUCAAUCAUUUCGCCUCAGCUAACACUCUGCCAACCUCAUCUGCGAACAUCACUGCUGAUAAUAACAAUAUAUGUCAACUAUCCCAGGAACAACCGCACUCGCAAGCGCAAACAACCGAUGCUCACAUGUUUACGCAACAGCAACAACAGGUCCUACAGUCUGCUACUGCAACUAAGAAGAGUAAUGGUAAUGAUCCUGAUAAUUAUCAUAAUAUAGUAAAUGUGAUUCAUAGUGAUAAUAAUAACGACAUUGAUAAUAAUGGUAAUCAUAUCACUAAAACUAGUGCUCAUAUGCGACGUCAUUCACAAACGAAUGCAUUUGCAGCACAAACUCAAAGGCAGUUACGUAAUAACACCGCAUCGUCGCUUCACGAUACCCCGAAAGCAUCGUCGAGAAUCUCAAAGAAAGCUGCCGGUCAGAUGAAAGCACAGUCUGGUCUGAAACAUCUACCAAAUCCAACAGCAACGGCAUUAGCGAUGACAUCGCCAAAUGUUACCACGGCGUCGUUGGUACGUAUGCGAAAACCGUCAAUUGGACGACACGAUGAUGGAAGGUAUCAUGACUUUUUGGCUGGUGUCAUGCAAUUAGAGCGACAAAUAAGUGCAAAUUUAGUAACAUCAUCAAACACUUCAUCUGAACAAGCACCUUCCAAUGAUACGUCAGCGGCAAUGCAAUUACCAGGUGCUCAAUCAACAGAAUGGUUUGAUGAGUAG